GAGAGGGAGAGGGAGAGAGAGGAGGGCGGGGCUGUGAUGUCGUGGAAGAGGAACUACUUUGCGUCGGGCAGCGGCGGCGGUGGAAGUGGCGGCGUGGGAGUGGCCAGCGGCGGCAUGGGCGUGGCCAGUGGUGGUGUGGGCGUGGCCAGCGGCGGCGUGGGCGUGGCCAGUGGCGGCACGGCUCUGCAGGGGAUCCUGACGCCGCGCACCAUGAGCUCCAUCGCUCCCAGUAAAGGCCUGAGCAACGAGCCGGGACAGAACAGCUGUUUCCUGAACAGCGCCCUGCAGGUGUUGUGGCACCUGGAUAUUUUCCGGCGUAGUUUCCGUCAGCUGACGACACACAGGUGCAUGCAGGACUCCUGCAUCUUCUGCGCUCUCAAGAGUAUCUUCGUUCAGUUCCAGUACAGCAGUGAGACGGUCCUGCCGUCGGACGCUCUGCGCUCGGCGCUCGCCAAAACCUUCCAGGACGAGCAGCGCUUCCAGCUCGGCAUCAUGGACGACGCCGCAGAGUGCUUCGAGAACAUCCUGAUGCGGAUCCACUUCCACAUCGCAGACGAGAGUAAAGAGGACGUGUGCACCGCCCGUCACUGCAUCCCCCACCAGAAGUUCGCCAUGACGCUCUUCGAACAGUGUGUGUGCAGCAGCUGUGGAGCCUCCUCAGAUCCGCUGCCCUUCAUUCAGAUGGUGCACUACAUCUCCACCACCUCGCUGUGUAACCAGGCAGUGAAGAUGUUGGAGUCGAGGGAGAAAGCGACUCCUGACAUGUUCGGCGAGCUGCUGCAGAACGCCAGCAUGGGAGACCUGCGCAACUGUCCUAGCGAGUGCGGCCAGCAGCUGCGCAUGGCUCGAGUUCUGCUCAACAGCCCAGAGAUCAUCACCAUCGGCCUGGUGUGGGACUCAGAGAACUCCGACCUGGCCGAGGACGUCAUACACACUCUGGGGACCUGCCUGAGGCUGGGGGACUUGUUUUACCGGGUGACGGAGGAGAAGGCGCGGCAGUCGGAGCUCUACCUGGUGGGCAUGGUGUGUUACUACGGGAAACAUUACUCCACCUUCUUCUUCCAGACCAAGAUCCGCCGCUGGAUGUACUUUGACGACGCUCACGUCAAGGAGAUCGGCCCCAAGUGGAAGGACGUGGUGUCGCGCUGCAUUAAGGGUCACUACCAGCCCCUCCUGCUGCUGUACGCUGACCCCCGGGGGACGCCGGUGUCGGUGCAGGACCUGCCCCCCCGCCUGGACCUCCACCACCUCAGAAAGGCCUGCUACGACAGCGAAGACUCAGGACGUGAACCUUCGAUCUCCAGUGACACUCGCACCGACUCGUCGACGGACAGCUACUCGUACCAGCAGCCCUCCCACUCCCACCAUGAGUCCCUGGCCAGUCACUACUCCUCCGACUCCCAGGGAACCGUCAUCUGCAUCGAACGCCCGGAGGGACCGUCCCACGCCUCGCUCUGCAGCCUAGACACCAUAGGCCAAGUGACGGACAGUGAGCAGCGCCACUCUCUGAGGAAGGGAAGCGCCGCCGGCGAUAGGAGGCGGAGCUCUAGUCGCCCCCGGGGAUCUAAACCCGACAACGAAGCCUCCUCGGCCGGUUACCACAGCGAGGGAGAGACGUUGAAGGAGCAGCAGGCUCCUCGCCAGCUCCCCAAGCCUUCCUCCUCCUCCUCCUCCUCCUCCUCCUCCAGCCGGCUGCGGGACUUCAAGGAGACCAUGAGUAACUUAAUCCACAGCCGCCCCCUCUCCUCCUCCUCCUCUUCCUCCUUACCGGCUGCCGUUCUCUCCUCUGAAAUUGCUUCGUCCGGUAACGGCCACCCCGCCGCCGCCGCCGUCGCCUCCUCCAUUAAACCCCGCGACUGGGAGAACGACAGCACCGGCAGCGAGUCGAAAUCCAGCUCGUCGGGCGGCACGGGGUCGGGGCGGUACCGGCCGGCGUGGAAGCCCCGCAGGGAGACGCUGAACAUCGACAGCAUCUUCACGCGGCGGCGGCAGGCCGGGUACAGCCCGCUGGGAGCCUCCCUGCCCGAGGACUGCGGGGCUUCCUCCUCGGAGGGGGCCGCCGCCUCCGCCUCCGCCCUCAGCGGCCAGGCGGGGGCGGCGGCGGGCAGGCCGGGCUCAUCCUGGACGCUCCCCGCCUCCGCCGGCCGGUACGGGGCGGAGCCACCUCCUCCUCCUCCUCCCAGGCUGAUCCAGAGGAUGGAGAGCGGCUACGAGAGCAGCGAGAGGAACAGCAGCAGCCCCGUCAGCCUGGACCUCAACCUGGGAGAGAGGGAGUGUGUGUUGAAGCAGCCUUCCUCCUCCUCCUCCUCUUCCUCAGCUCCAUCAUGGAAGAACAUCAGGUCGAAGAGCAGCGGAGCUCUGCUGCAGGAGCUCGACUCCUCCUGUAGGGGGAGCCUGGCAGUGGGCCGCAGCGAGCUGGACGAGCUGCAGGAGGAGGUUCUGCGCAGAGCGAGGGAGGAGGAGCAGCAGCGGCGGCAGGAGAAGGAGAGAGAGGCGGCACUCGGCUUCAACCCCCGACCGAGCAAAUACCUGGACCUGGACCAGCUGCAGAUCCAGGGUAAAGGUGACAGCUGUGAGCGGUGUGUGUCGGAGGCGGAGCUUCUGCUGGACCAAUCAGUGCGCCUGGAGCAGGCGGGGGAGGUCGCUGCUGCGCUGUCAGUGGUCAACGAGGCCGUCUCCAAGCUGAGGCCCGCGGUGGCUGACAGCGGAGCUGCCGGUCACGGCCGGCUGCAGCGGUGCAUGAGGAGAGCGCGCGGCCUGCAGCAGCGCAUGCAACUGCAGCAGCAACAGCAGCAGCAGCAGCAGCAGCAGGACUCAGAGGCAGGCAACCAGCAACCAGAGCAACAGCAGGAGGAGGGGCAACAGCUCCAGGGACCUCCCAGUGAAAAGCCUGUCUCGCUCCAAAUACUUCUGACGGACCGACAAGACGACCAACCAGCAGCCAGCCAAGACCAGCAAGCCCCUCCUCCUCCCCAUCACAUUAAGCCCCUCCCUCCCAAGUCAAACUCACUGCCUGACCCCGCCUCCAACGCUGUGGCUCCGGUGGGUUCACCCAGGGAGGACAUCAGGGGCCCCUGCUCUCACGUGGGGAAGCCCCACAGCAUCAGCACCGGCUCCCUCCCUGCUGCCUGUGUGGACGCCUGGGACCAGGGGCCCAUGGGAGACCUGCCCCCGCCCCCUCCGCCGCCACCGCCUGAGGAGGAUGAGACCCCGCCGCACUGGAACCCGACGCCCCCGAUCUCCAUCCGAGGCUCCGCCCCUGCCCCGCCUCUCCCCAGGCCGCACUCCAAGUCUCCAUCACCCGUUGGUGCCCACGGCGCCAUCGACAGGUACUGCCCUGCCGUGGAGGAGGAGCCGUAUUACCCCCGACACCAACAGACCACGCCCCCUAUGCUGAGCCCCGCCUCUGGCUCGAGACUAGCCCCGCCUCCUCCCACCAACCCCACCAGGAACUGGUCGUGCUGGAGCCUGGACCGACCUGACACCGUCGAUUUGCCGAUCGACCCGCUGCCGCCCAGCCGGCCGGGUUGCACGCCGUCCCCGCCCGCCUGCCACGCCUACAGGCCGGCGGCGCUGCCUGUGGAGCGCUGGGCUGAGAAUGUCAACCGAUACUACAGCUCCCAGAAUGCAAUGGGCGGAGGCGGAGGCGGAGGCGGAGGCGGAGCUGUGGUGGCUGGCUCGCCCAACGAGGAGCUGUCAGAGCUGGACUCACUGUACCAGGCCAGUCUGCGGGCUCCCAGCAUGCAACGGGGCCCCCGGGGAGUCAGUCCUCAGCCAGCCAGCAGCAAGCCAGCUGCCAGGAGAACACUGUCAGGUGUAGCAGGAUCUGGUCGGUCCAAAACCCCGACAGCUGAGCUGGAGAGACACGCCUACCGAACACCUGUCACACCACUGCACCAGGGCUCGGGUCUGUCCGGCGAGGACGAGAGCUACAGCGCUGAAAACCUGCGGCGCAUCGCCCGCAGUCUGAGCGGAACCGUCAUCGGUUCACGACCCCAAAACCUCGGCACAUCCCGCAGCUUUGAGCCCCCGGUGUCAAGGUAUCCCCCAAGGCACGCCGACCCUCGCGCCUCCUCCUCCUCCUCCUCCUCUUCCUCAACCCUCCUGCGUCGUCCCAGCACCUCCUCCCUGCACCUCCCCUCUCCCUCCUCCUCCACCUCCUCCUCUCCCUCCACUGCAGACCAACACUACCACCACCACCUCCUCCAACACCAGCACCGAAACCACGGCCCCGCACCUCCUGCACCUCCUCCACAGCACCCCCCCCUGCAGCCGUCACGGCCGCCCAGCUCAGGGCUCUCCUCUUGGGGACACUCAGGAGCUGGGCAGAAGCUCCAGCAGCAGUUUCUGGCUGUGUCUGACAGGAAUCCGGCUCUCUCAGGUCAAAGUCUCCACAGCGUUGCGCUGAAUUACGGCACUCUGCCCCGGGCGCCUCGCCGAGCAGCACCUCCCUCCUCCUCUGCCUCCUCCUUCUCCUCCUCCACCUCCACCCUCCCCAGGCCCAGAGUGGCUCCUGGUCCUGGUCCUGGUCCUACCCCGGGCCUACCAAGUCGCCCAGACUUUGGCUACGCCACCCUGUCCCACCCUCGCCGCUCCUCCAGUGCAACCACAUCAAGUAAUGGCCUCUACUGGCCACCGUCGCUGUCCAGUAAACUGAACGGCGGCGCGGCACACCUGGCGUCCUCUCACUACAUGCCCCAGCACCUCAGGGUGGCAGGGGACAGCGGUCCCACCCAGCCGCUACGCCUGGACGUCCCACCUGAGAGCGACUGGCGCCACACCACCGACUACAGGACUGGCCCACCCACCUCUGCCUGGGAUCCUCACCUUACCCAACGCCACCAGCGCCUCCAGCGGGCCGAAUCCCUCCCGUUCCCCGCCCCCCGAGCUCCCAGGGUUCCCCAGCUCUGCUCACUGUGCCAGCAGCUUCCCGCCGAGCCGCCAUGCCCAUACUGCCCCUCCUGCGGUGCCUACGUGGCUCGUUUCCGCACCGCCAGCUGAUCCAGGCCUGAGGCUCGUGUCAGGGGUGUCCCUUACUUCCUGUCUUUAUCUUUAUCUUUUUUUUUGACCAUCAGCCGCACAACAGGCCAGGGAUGUGCUAACUGAAGAGUCCUGUUCCAAAACGCCUUGUAUCCACUGCAGGGGGCGACAAAAAUCAGUACCUGCAGUUUCAUCAUUCAGGAACUAUAAGAUCUACAGAUCUGCACUGUGAAAGAAAUCACAGGCAAGUUAGGAUUGUUAUUGUCUUUUAUGUUAAUGCUUCUAUUAUUUUGAAAGGUCGUAAGGUUCUGGUGGAUAUUGCUGAGUGUCUCAUUUUGGAAUAAAACUCUUUGAUUGGCAUCGCUCUCCACAGGAACACUGGGGGACGUGAAUGAGAGCAUCUCAUUACAUAUAUAUCUUGUGCCAUUUUAAGGUUGUUUUUUUGCAGGUUGGUUUGUGUUUUCCUUGUUCUGCUCAACUCCAGUUAAAUUCCUUCUCCCCUGCUUCCAUUUUAAUCCAUGACUACAGCCAGGGUCGGUUCCCCGCUGGGGCCUCCUUAUGUUCUACCCAGACCCCCCCCCCUCCCAAGUCCUCUUAGGGCCACACAGAGUGCAAUAUCUGUAACCACUGAGGCAAAACAAGCGGUGGAUCUCCAACCUACGCCAAUGAAUGUCUGCUGGAUUUAAGCACAUUUAGAUUUUAAUGAAGAUAAAGCAUCGUAAUAAAAAACCAGGACCACGUAAAGUAGGAUGGCGGACACGCAGAGGGAUGGACGGACAGAAAUGAUGAACGGAUUGAAAAGACAAGCGGGCAGAGACGUGCUGCAUGUCUGAACGAGGCUGAAGCCUGAAACUGGCAGGUCUUUUGCAAAGUGACGGAGGGGAAACUGAGGAAGUUGAGACGCGACUGACAGAGAGACAGACAGAGAAACGGAUGCUUUUCAACCUAAAACUAAACUGAGACUUUGCAGAUGUUUUAUCAAACCCUCCCAGCAUCCUUCACACCAGAGGGAAAGACUUAAAAAAAAAAUGGGACAGAUGGACCUCCUGCAAUAUAAAUUUACUCUGCUUACUAUUGUAUUUAUUUUUGUAGGCUUGUCUGAAUAAGUUGUGCAUAGAUUACUUAACUACUCUACCUGCCUAACCGAAAUAUACUCUACGAUAGACCUUAUAUAAUUUUUAUAAACCGGGUUAGUUAGCGUUGUUUGGUAUGUAUAGCCUUCUUAUAUUGUACAUCAGGCUUGUACAUGUCAUUUUGAGAGUGUCUUAGAGAAUUUUAGAGUAAUACUUAGGCAUUUUUAACAGAGUUGCGGCUAACAUUUAGCAUGGUGAUCUGAGACAUAUGUAGCCUGGAGAGAAUCACUCGAUUUUUGGUGUAAAAUUUAUUGUUACGAGGAUGUAUUCAGACCUUUCAUAGUGCAGCGGCUUGACUGCAUUUACCACAGAUUAGUGCACUUCAGAAGUGUUGAAGAUAGAUUUUCUUUUCUUUCUCUUUGCUUGUUGCUGUUUUCUUUUGAUUGACAUCUCUCCCAUUGUUCAGGGAGAAGCUUAACAUUAAACUUUUUUGUUGUUUUUGUAUUUGAGCGAUGUUAGAAGAUGGUUGGUUUUUUGGAUUGUGGAGGUACAUUGUAUGUUUACACACUGAGAGGAAGAGAUGCUGCAGACAAAAUGAUCACUGUUUGACUCUUCUGCAGAUUUAAGUUGCCAACUACCAACACACCAAUGGCACCGAACUGAAAGUGCUGACCCCGCCCAUGUGGUGUGUCAGGUGAUUUAAAAAAAUAAAUAAAUAAAACAUGCAAACUAACUGGCCAAAGUCUGGUCAGUUUGCCUUUAUCAUCAAAACACCAUGAAUGCUGAUAUUAAUGCAAACAUGAAUCCUGAAUGUGGCUCUGCUGCGACGGCGUAUCAGGGCCACUGCAUGGAAAAAAAGUUAUGGGGCUGAACGGGAUGGGGGUAAUAUUACGAUUUAAAAAAAACAAAUUACAAAAAAAAUCAGAAUUUCCAAGAUUAAAGUCAUAAAUUUCCAGGAAAAAAACUCAAAAAUUCUGAAAUUAUAAAGUCGCAAAUUUGAGAUCUCAGAUUUUCUGUUUUUUUUCCUCACAAAUUUCCGACUUUAAUCUCAGAGUAUGUCGUGAGUUUUUUUCUUGUAAAUUUUUUAAAAUUUAAUCUCAUACAUUUUUCUCAGAAAAUUAACCCCCCUCUCCGCGAUGCUGUAAUUUUUUUCUCCUGCCUACACCGACACUAAUACGUCAUCGUACUCUGCAGAUAUGACGGUCCAAAAAAAUUCUAGUUUGAGAAAAAGCGACUGAGCAGCUCUUCCUCGUUCUAAAGGGUCAGUGGCUGAGAUGAAGAGAAGUUGUUGUUUUUUUUUUCACUUUAGAAGUGUUUUUCCACCUCAUCACCUUAUCUGACUUUUUUUUUUUCAUGGAGGCCAUGUCUAUAACUUAUGUUUUUGGCUCUUUGCUCUUUGCCAGAUAUUACCAAUUUUUUUUUGUUUGUUUUGGGGAUAUUUUUUUAAUGCUUAUUUUUCUACACUGUAGAUGUAACAGAGGUAAUAAGAAUAUACAAAAAGACAAAGUUUUAAGGAAAAGUGCUGAGUGUUUUAUAGACAGUGCUUCAGUAGGUAACUUGCAGCUGUGAUGCGGCUGUGAUGCGGCUGUGAUGCGGCUGUGAUGCAGCUGUGAUGCAGCUGUGAUGCAGCUGUGCGAGCCGUCAGCUUUCUGUUGCGUCUCUUCAGAGUCACCGAGGCCGUGAUCACGCUCAGUCAGCCAGCCGGUCGACUGCACGGCUGCUUGUCAGACGCAGGCAGUGCAUGCAGGGCAUUUGUGCUGAAUGCGAUUACUGGGGCAACAGAUGUGAAAACUAGUGCAAACAUUUUAAUAUUUUCUUUUUGUUAUUAUUGCAUUGAUUCUGUGAUAAACUCAUUAUUACUGGGGAGUCAGGAUUGCCGAACAGCGCUCAGUAAUUGCAGCUGAUCAGUUGAUCUAGAUCCAGUGAAGCUGCUGGAUUCUGGCAGGGACCUCUGCACAGAGUUUCAGAGUCUGCAGCAACGGAAAUGCAUGAUGGGAUUAGUUUGAUUGAGGCGUGACCAACAAUGCAUCUGCUGAAACCUGCAUUCAGUGUUGCUGCUGCAUCACUGUGUUGCAGGACAGGAGCUGCACCUGUUGAAUUGAUCCUGAACACGUUAAUAUGUGUUAUUAUUGCACAUGUAAUCUAAAAAUCUAAAGAGUUACGUGUUCUUCAUCGUGAGCUGGUUCUCUGUAGUUUUCAUACUGAGAACGUUUCCUCAGGGAAACAUCCUCACUUACAGGCAACAGAGUCUGAUCGCCUGAUCUGACCUCCCUGUCUCUGCUUUAGACACUUUAAUACAGUUCAGAUCCUCAGAAUCAUGACACUUUUCUGCACUUAAAAAAAAAAAAAAAAAAAAAAAAAAAAAAA